AUUCGUAAUCGUGAAGAUUUAGCCCAAGUUCGCGAAACGAUACAAAACAUCGACAUUCAUGAAUGGGCUCGACAACAACGAUCUAAUUCCAAAUGGAUUGUCAUGGAUGUUACCAACGUUACCUUCUACGUCACCAAACUUCGAGACCAUCCCAUAGGCCGCAAUGUUCGACUACCUAAAUACAUACUGGAGAGCCGUGCCAUCGUGUCGCUCGACUGUAAUAUGGGACUACCAUACGAAGACAAACUUUGUUUCUUUCGUUGUUUGGCCCUACACCCCCAUAACCUAGAACGUGAUACUCAAAAUUUUUAUGAACAAUAUUCAGAAGAUGAUGGUUUUGACGGUGUGACACUCGAAGAACUACCUGAACUGGAAAAGUUGUUCGAGUUGAACAUUUACGUGUAUCGCCUUACAGAGCUACAUGACGAAGAUGACGACACGACCUCCAUUGUGGCUCAACUUAUACAGCUCUCGCACCGUAGAUAUACCAAUUCGAUGUACCUGAACCUCUACGGCAGCCAUUUUAGCUACAUUAAGAAUUUGGCCAUGUACUCCGAGUCCUACUGUUGUUCCAAGUGUGACAAGAUGUGGAAAACGGCAAAAGCCUUGAACAAGCACGAGCGAACAUGUGAAGCAACUAUACGUCACAUUUUCCCUGGUGGUGCCUACAAAGUUCCAGAAACCAUCUUCGAUUUGUUGGCCGACGAGGGAAUCGAGAUCCCUGAAGACCUCAAGUACUUCCCUUAUCGUGCCACCUUUGACUUUGAGUGUUAUUUCAAACGUGAAACCAAGCAUCCACGAAAUACAGCAAAGUUAACGUGGGAAGCCGAACAUAUCCCAUUGAAUGUCUCUGUAUGUUCGAACGUCCCUGGUUAUGAUCAACCCAAAUGCUUCGUCUCGUCUGGCAGUACAAGUGAAAUGAUCCAACAGUUC